UUUUGUUACAGCCUUUAAGACACUUCCUAUAGAGGUGAGAAAAGAGUGUGAGGACAAGGGUGUAUGGACAAUCCCCACGAAAAGUAACGAGGAGGGCAUGUACACUGUGAGUAUGGACUUCCUGCGUGAGGCGGAGAACCACUGCAUCCUACAGAGCCCCAUCCCUAUCACCUGCCCCGUACGUCUCAUUCACGGCCUGAAAGACGAGGACGUGCCCUGGCACAUCUCCAUGCAAGUGGCCGAGCGUGUGCUGAGCCCCGACGUGGACGUCAUUCUGCGGCGCCACGGCCAGCACCGCAUGGCUGAGAAAGAUGACAUCAAGCUCAUUGUCUACACCAUCGAUGACCUCAUAGACAAGCUUACCACCAUGGUGUGAAACACUGUUUGGGAUGGGGUUACCAAGCAACCAGCCUUAAGACCCUCCCACUUUCUUCCCGCUUCCUGUUUUGUUGUGUGAGACAAGAAUGAUGGAAAAGGUGAACUGUGGGAGGACAAAGUCUUUUCAUGUUUUUUACAUGU